UUUUUUUUUUUUUUUUUGUCAGAACAUGAGCAUUCUCAAAACUGUUUUUUAACUUUCUAGGCAGGUAACUUUCAAAGGUUUUAGUUUUUUCUAGUUAUGUUACUAGUUGCUCAUAGGCAACGGCUUAGGUCUAGAAGCAACUUGCGGAAGGCAAGCUCACUCCAUCCAAGAGGUCAGUUUGUAGGGUCUAGAGACUUAAGGCUUAUUUUAACGAAUAGGACCCGAUGUUGAGCGUGUUGUUUGGAACCCUUCCAAGUAUGAGAAAAAAAAGGAUCUUUAAUCGUCAUCUUCUCCAAGACAGGGCAGAUUUCGGGGAGAGGGACACAAUCACUAACUAACACCAGUCCCUAAACCAAAAAUCUCCGCUUUCAACAGAGUUAGACGUGGUAUUAAAGAUUCUUUUUUCUUAUGGCUUUUGGUGAAAGCAUCAUUGAACUCGACUGAAACAUAGAGCAGGAUUAAGGUAACCUUUUAAGUCGAGGUUACAGAACAAGGUUUAAAUAAGUAGGUUUUGUGGUAUGGACUGAGCUUGUUUCACGCUAAGGUGCAGGGCUUGUGAUGUCAGUCCCGUUUGUUUUGGGUUUCAUGUUUCUGUCUGAUCAUCCAGGGCUGAUUUCAGCUUAUUAUGGUUUAUCAAGACGACGCUUGUAAUCUCUAUUUUUGCCUUCUUCCCGCUCCCCUUCAAUUUACAGAGGUCGAGGCUAUCGCCGUUGGUGAUCCUCAUUACACGACUUUCGAUGGGCGCCACUUCACCGCUCAGGGUUACUGCGAGUACUUGCUGUCUUCAGAUUGCAUGGCAGCUAACUCGCAGUUCGAAGUGGUGCUCAUCAACGGUCAAAGUUCCAGUACUUAUCAGACGGCAAGAACAGAAGCAGUCAGAGUUACUUUGGGCAGUACGGUAAUCCUUCUCCAGAGGGAUCGCCAGCAGGUCAUCAACAACAUCAGAGUGGAAACUCCAGCCUUCUUGGCCAACGAUGUCAGUGUACGGAGAAGUGGUGGACAGACGUCUGUGCUGACGAACAUCGGAGUGCGCGUGAAGUGGGAUGGAUCGUCCGGAGUGAAGGUACUUCUCAAUGGGACUCUCUUCAACUCGAUGGUCUGUGGACUCGGCGGCGAUAGCGACGGAGAUACAAAUAACGACUUUACUUCCAGCGCAGGAUCACUUUCUUCAAUGUUGGCAUUUGCCGACAGCUACAUCGUCAAUCCAACGGAGUGUCUUGAUACAACUAUAAAUGUGGCAAGCCCAUGCAAUUCUUCAACUAGUGUGGAGGCAGCAAGUGUCUGCAAUGACAUUAUUAGAUCUGAUGGUCCAUUCGCUGCUUGUGCUGCAGCAAUGCCAACUUAUGCCAGCAACUUUUACAGUGAUUGCCAAUAUGAUGUUUGCGUCUUGUAUCCUGAUACAUCAGGGGCUUGUGAUAUCUAUGCUGCAUUUGUGGAUACUUGUAACGCAAGGGGUUAUCCACCAUCUGACUGGCGGUCAGCCAGCCUGUGUCCCUUAACAUGCCCACCGAACUCAACAUAUGGAACAUGCAUCAGCGACUGCGAAGUGACAUGUUCAGAUGUCAGGCGUGGCGGGCAACUAGAGAGCGCUUGCAAUGGCCUACCCUGUGUUGAAGGUUGCAUCUGUGAUGUUGGCUUCUACCAGGAUGGCAAUGUUUGUGUACCAGAGGCUGAAUGCGGAUGUAACUACAAUGGAAUCUAUUACAUGUAUAACGAAACAUUCAUCACUGAAGGAUGCAUCGAUAUAUGCACAUGUGGUUUGGAAGGAGUUGUAACCUGUGACCUGCAGAACUGCAGUGUUAACUCAGUCUGCGCAAUCACUAAUUACGCUUACGGAUGUGCCUGUGCUGAAAGUUAUGAGGGAGAUGGUAUUACAUGUGACCGUGUUUGUCCAUCAAACCUGUACAGGUGUCCAGAAGGAACUUGCAUCCCAAGUGACUGGGUCUGUGACGGAUUCCCUGGUGAUUGCUUGAACUUUUAUGAUGAAGACGAGACACUUUGCUGCAAUGUAAUGAAUGUGACUGACCAUUGUCCAAAGCCUGACCACUUCCGCUGUAUUGAUGGAAUAUACAUCCCAAAUUCCUAUCUGUGUGACGCUGUUGAUUACGAUUGUUCUGAUAACCAAGAUGAAUCAGAAGAAAUCUGCUUUGGAACGUGUCCGAAUCCAGGAGACAUUGUGAAUGGUAGAACUGGACCCCAGAAGUCUCUUUACCGUGAUGGUGAGAGUAUAUUCUUCCAGUGUUUCGCUGGAUACACAAGAAUUGGUCCCUCGUACAUCACCUGCAAUCUGAGUUUAUGGUCAGAUCAGUUACCUGUCUGCCUGGAAAACUGUAUCAUUCCAAUCCCGCCUGCCAACGGUUUCAUUGAUGCUAUGGCGUUCAACCACAGCGAUGUAAUUGGAUUCUCAUGUGAAGUUGGAUAUGAUCUGGUGCCAGCAGGCACCCUACUGGCAUGUGAUAGUGGAGUCGUCAAUGGAACAGUCCCCGAUUGUAUAGAUAUCAACGAAUGUGCAUCUACACCAUGUAUGAAUGGUGGUACCUGUUUGAACCAAGUAAAUCAAUACACAUGUAUUUGCACUGUUUCCUGGACUGGAGAUAACUGUGAUAUGGAUAUUGACGAGUGUACUCUUGGUCUGGAUACUUGUUCUGCCAGUGCAGCAUGCAGCAAUACCAUUGGUAGUUAUACCUGCGCAUGUUUAGAUGGAUACAGGGGUGAUGGAUUCGACUGUAAAGAAAUUAUUCUCCUACCAUUCGGUCCGGACGCCUCAGACGAGCUUCUAAGAGACACAUUUGACCAGUCUUCAGUGGAUUCAAACCGUAGACUCGUUGAUCAAGAAAUGCUCUCCAGGACCAUUCGACCAGAAACAGGCUUUCCAUUUGGAGGCACCUUCUACCCUGCUCUUUAUUUCAUGGACAAUGGCCUGAUCAUUUUCAUGAAUGAGAAUGACCUGAAGUUGGGCUACCCCAAUCCAUUUAGCGAUGGCUUCUCAGAUAUAAAUACGGUCCCUAUGGUCGCACCAUUCUGGGCAGAUACUGAUUUGACCACCAGCCAAGGAGAGGUGUACUACAAGAUUUACCAACCCUCUACUUCAGCGACGGAUGACGCUAUUUUGGCAGAAGCUAGUGGGAGAGUUCGGGAUCAGUACUCUGAGUUCUCAAACUUCAACGCUUCAUGGAUGAUUGUCAUAACGUGGGAGAACAUGCCCUCGUUCAUCCAACAGAAUGAAACAAAUACAUUCCAAGCAGUUCUCCUCACCGAUGGCAUCUUCAGUUUCUGUAUAUUCAACUACCGAGAAGGUGAAAUGCUAUGGGACUACGAUUCUCUGGCUAGCCAAGAUGUCAUCAUUGGUUAUAACGAUGGUGCUGGCUUAUACGUCAACUCACAGUUCCUGAACCCACCGUUUGCAACAGGGGCCAGCUCCUUCCGCCCUGACCAGUUUAACGGAAACACAAAUCUGAAGGGUAGAUGGAUUUAUCGACUUGAGAAUAACACCAUAGACACUAUCAAUCCCAAACGCUUCUGUCUGGAUUGGUACAAUACUCAGCCGGACCCAAGUGACUGGGAUCGUUUUCUUGGUGCUUGCCCAUGCUCUUUCAGUCAAGGAGGUAAUGAUAGAUCCUACUCAAGGAGAGCGCCCUCUAGAGGACGCGUGUCAAGUGCAGCCUCUCGUCGAUUUUCUCAGGAACUUCUUGCUGAAAUAGAGAGCUUUGAAGGACCUUUCUGUCUACAGACAUCCGUACCUCCAUUUGAUACUGGGGGAAUGCGCUGCUGUUAUCGUGAAGAUCAAUCCUUGAUCGUCGGCUACGAGACUGACUACUUAAUCAGUGUGGAAGAGAGAUAUCAGUAUAACUACCAAGGAGACUCGUAUGAAGUUUUACUAUCAAAGUGGCUGCUGGAAGAUUUCUCACCCAGACAUUACUGUUGCAAGGAAUCAAACGAUGAAGCCUUCUGCAAUAUGUACUUUGAGAAGCGACCAGCUGGAAGCUGCAGUGGCUAUCUACCUCCACGAACAGGCUGGAUGGUAGGUGACCCUCACAUAGAGACAUUGGACGAGAUUCUGUACACCUUCAACGGUCUCGGAGAGUACAUUCAGGUGAAAUUCCCAGACGUUUCUGGCGGGAAUGUGUUUGAACUACAGGGUCGUACAGCCCGGGCUAUGGAUACUGUCACGCAACAACUUACUGAUGCUACUGUCUUCGUGGCGUUUGUGGCAAAAGCGAAGGAUGCACAAACGGUCCAGAUGACAAUGAACGCUGAUGGCACAGAUGUUGACAUUGUUGUGGAUAACGUCGCCUUUGAUAAGAAUCUAUUUGUUGAUGGCGUGUAUCUCUUCAGCAACAACCUGCUACAAAUUUCUGUUGAGACUGUCGCAAACAGCACACAGCAGAGGUAUGUAGCCUACUGGACCAUAGGAAUGUCAAUUGCUGUUAGAAGUAUUGAUGGAGUGCUGGACAUGGUGUUCUCUGCACCCGAUGAGUACAAGGAUGGCUCUAGCCGUGGGUUGCUUGGUGUUUGGAACGAUGAUCCAAGUGAUGAUUUCCGAAUGCAGAAUGAAGUGUUACUGACACCAACAGGUGCUGAUGGCACCUACACCGAUCCUGACUACUUUAUGUUUGGAGAGACAUGGCGAACAACAACAAGUGACUCAUUGUUCUUCUACACCCCUGGCACAUCCUGGAGUUCUUAUAAUGAUCCUACCUUCACGCCGUUGUUCCUCGAUCAACUCAUUGCCUCGACAGCGAAUGACGAUCCCGCAUUCCUUCAAGAAUCCAGAGAUAUGUGUGGCACAGACAAUCAGUGUUUGUUUGAUGCACUGGCCACCAAGAGCUUGACCCGUGGUGUAGAUACAAAAGUCCAGAGUGAAGAAAAUGUAGCUGAAGCCAGAAACCUAGCUAACUUCCCACCCAACAUCACUGGUUCCAACUUGAUUGAAGCAAGGGUCGGAGUACCGUUCACCUUGGAGACGACCUCAUUUGACCCUGAAGGUCAAGCGAUCACCUUCUCACUGACCCAGAUGGUUCCGAAUGCAACUAUUAGUCAAGCCGGAGUCUUUGACUGGAAUCCAAGUGACUUGAACAAAGUGAGGGUUGGGAUCCGUGCAUUCGACGGAGAGACGAACUCUGUGUUGGAACCGACUGUCAAAAUAUGUGAUUGUCAAAAUGGAGGAACCUGUGUAUACGAUCAAUACACUGACACGUCCAACAUUGUUGUGGAUAAAUUUGCUGUCGUGGUCUGCGCGUGUGAUGCUGCAUGGACAGGUGAUUUCUGUGAGGUGGAUCGCAACGGAUGUGAGGAUGGCCCCUGUUUCCCUGGUAUUACAUGUGUCGAUAACAUCGCUCCAUUAGACGGCAACACCUGUGGACCUUGUCCUACUGGCCUCGAGGGGAAUGGAUUCAAGUGCUACGAUUUUGAUGAGUGUGCUGACCCCAACGGUUCACCAUGUGAGCAAAUAUGUAACAACAUGCUUGGAGGUUUUACCUGUUCCUGUAUGGCGGGAUAUGAACUUCACCCAGAUCAACGCACCUGUUUGGACAUUGACGAAUGCGACUUGCAAACAGACAACUGCCAUGCAUUUGCAACCUGCAGCAACACCCCUGGUAGCUUUACAUGUACCUGCGUGACAGGUUACUCAGAUGUCAGUGGUGAUGGAACAGUCUGUGAAGACAUCAAUGAGUGUUUCAAUGAGGUGACUGUUUGUGAACUCAACUCAAACUGUGAGAACACCAUCGGCAGUUACUCUUGUAUCUGUAAUCUUGGAUUCGAAAAGAUCAAUGGAAUCUGCUCAGACAUCAAUGAGUGUCAGCUUGGAAUGGCCAACUGUAGCCCACAAGGCGACUGCACCAACACAGAGGGUUCCUUCGUCUGCAAAUGUAGAAGCGGUUUUGAUGGAGACGGUCUGACGUGUGAGAACAUCGAUGAGUGUACCCUUGCUGUGAAACCGUGCCAUCCCAGAGCAGCCUGUGAAGACACCUUUGGGAGUUAUAUUUGCUCCUGUGACAUUGGCCAGAUUGGAGAUGGAAUUGCCUGCAGUGAUGUUGAUGAGUGUGUAGCAAACACUGAUGAAUGUUCACCUGGUGAAGCCAUAUGUUCCAACACUCUUGGUUCCUAUGAAUGCCGCUGCUAUGAGGGCUACUCUGGAAAUGGCUUCCAGUGUUUUGAUAUCAACGAAUGUGAACUCAACUCUACCAUUUGUUCCAUCAAUGCCAAUUGUGUUAACUCAGUGGGAUCCUACUCCUGCGCUUGCAAGGAGGGCUAUUUCGGAGAUGGCUCACAGUGUUUCGAUAUUGAUGAAUGUGCAGAAGGAACAGACACAUGUAAUGAUACCACUGGAGUUUGUAACAACAACGCUGGGUCAUACAGCUGUAUGUGUUCAGUGGGUUACACAGGCGAUGGACGCACCUGCAAUGAUGUGGACGAAUGCGCUCUGACCACAGAUGACUGUCAGCAGAUGUGUACGAAUAGCUAUGGAAGUUUUGUGUGCUCUUGCAGGCAAGGCUUCACUAUUGACAUGACUGAAACAAACAUCUGUUUAGACAUGGAUGAGUGUGCACUUGGUAUUGAUAACUGCACCCAAGUAUGUAACAACACCGAGGGGAGCUUUGAAUGUUUAUGCUUUGAUGGCUUCAAAUUUGACAACCAGGGCAUGUGUGUCCCUGAUUCGGUGUGUAUCAACAAGGUGUGCACCAAUGGAGACUGUUAUGUCAUGAAUGGCAAUGAACUAUGUUCAUGUUAUAACGGCUACAAACUUGACGCCAACGACGACUCACUUUGUAUAAAUAUUGAUGAGUGCACAGAUGCACUUUACCAAGACGCUUGUUCAGAUAUUUGUAUCGAUGCAGAUCCAGGCUACACAUGUGAUUGCAAUCCGGGGUUCAUACUGACUACUGGUGGUAGAAUCUGUAACGAUAUCAACGAGUGCACAGAAGGCACUAGUAGUUGUGAUGCUGUUUCUGAGAACUGCUUCAACACUGCUGGAGGGUUUGUGUGCACCUGCAAGACUGGCUUUCUUUCCAAUGGAACAAUGUGCUCAGAUAUUAACGAGUGUGAGGGGACCAACUUGUGCAGUGCCAAUGCUUUGUGUACAAACACACCAGGUAGCUACUCUUGCGCGUGUAAUGCUGGCUACGCUGGAAAUGGUGAAAACUGUGUUGAAAUCAACGAGUGUGAUCGGGCAUCUCUGAACGACUGUAGUGAGAAUGCAUUAUGUACCAACCUGCCAGGGUUCUACCAGUGUGAUUGUUUGACAGGAUUUGAUGGCAAUGGAACCUUCUGUAUAGAUAUUGAUGAAUGUAACGUGGGGCAUAAUUGUUCAAGCCUAGCGACUUGUAUCAACACAGCUGGUUCAUACCGAUGUCCCUGCUUUGAUGGCUACGAAGGAGAUGGUACAGUAUGUAUCGAUGUGAACGAGUGCUUCUUAGCAUCAACCGAUCCAAGAGCAGCCAACUGUCAUUCUGAUGCCACAUGCACAAAUGAGGCUGGAAGCUUCCAGUGUGUUUGUAACAGCGGCUACUCUGGAACUGGAACUGUCUGUGAAGACGUUAAUGAAUGUAACAUCGCAAACAGCUGUGCAGUAAACAGUACUUGCACCAACAUCGUCGGAGACUACAUUUGCAACUGCUUUGAGGGUUAUUCUGGUGACCCUCGAUUGGAGUGCUUUGAUAUCAACGAAUGUCUAGACUUUCCUUGUGACACUGAUGCUGAGUGUAUGAAUUCAGUGGGUAGCUUUGCCUGUGUGUGUAAUAGUGGAUACGCUGGCAAUGGAACUUUCUGCACAGAUGUGAAUGAGUGUUCAGCAGACAGCACCAAUGACUGUCAUCCCUUAGCAACAUGUCUUAACGUGGAUGGAAGCUUUACCUGUAGAUGCAGAGAUGGCUAUGUGACAUCAACUGGAUUUUCACCCGGAAGACAGUGUGAAGAUGUUAACGAGUGUGAUUUUGAGACGGACACUUGUGAUGCUGUCAAAGAGAUAUGUACAAACAACUUUGGAAGUUACACUUGCAUGUGUGGAAAUGGCUAUCAAGGAAUUGUCGGUGCUUGCACUGAUAUUGAUGAAUGUGACACCAAUCCUUGUGAGUCUGUAGUGAAUGCUCGCUGUCAGAAUGUUGCUGGAUCUUACAACUGUGUCUGCAAAACUGACUUCUACGACUUCUUGGGAGUUUGUACAGCUGGUGUUUCCAAGACUGUUUACGCCUUGUUUACCGACAUUAUUGGUUUUGAGGUCAAUGACAUCCAAUUCCAAAUAAAUGACACAUCCAUCUAUGAAGUCCCUCUGGCCAUCGAUUUGGAUGCAGCCUUCAAUGCAAGCAUGCUCCGAGACUACCAAGCAGUGUUUGUGAACUCCAUCUCAAUGGCUGGUAACGUGGCCAGGGUGUUAAUGACACUGACUUUCCUUCCCAACUCAUCGGUUACCGACCAAGAAAUCACGGAUGCUUUUGUUAGCCAGUUAACAGGAAGAUUCAACAAUGUGAUCUUGCCUGAUAACAAGGUGUACAACCAGACCUUUGCUGUUGGAGAUCCAAUUAUCGAUCCAUGUCUUGAAGGCACAUAUACAUGUGGCCUGAAUGCUGACUGUGUGUUUUCUGGUAUUAGCAACAAUCACACCUGUAUGUGCUCUGCUGGAUGGACUGGAGAUGCAUACGACGCCUGUACAGAUAUUGACGAAUGCCUAUCCCUGCCUUGUACUGGCAGAGGGGAAAUGUGCGUCAACUCUCUUGGUAGUUACCAAUGUGUUUGCCGUAACGAAGACGGAUUCCAUGAAUUCAAUGGAGCUUGUGUCAUGUUAAUAACAUACCGAGGAGAGUUCACCAUUUUCGAGGUUAACAGGCUCAGUCAAGCUGCUCAGUUCAUUCCCGCAUUGGAGGAUUCCACGACCCCUGAAUUCCUCGAUUUGAGUCUCAAAGUUUGUGGCGUGAUUCGUUACACCAUGUUACUAGAACGCUCUCUGCAAGAUUUCUACUACGAGUGUGAGGUAAUGAACUUCACUAUGGCUGACCCAUCAGGCACUCACACAUCAUUCUUAGUCAUCUUCAGAGACAAUGUGACCACAAGUAGUGCUGAGAUCGAGCAGCUUGUUCGAGCCCAACUUGAUUCUGAUUCAGUUAUUGUAUCAGGGACAAAAACACUUGGGAAUCUUACUCUCGACCCAUCCUCAAUUAACAUUGGAGAUAUCAAUCCGCUGUGUACUGACGACUACUGUCUAUACGAUGGCAUAUGUGAGAAUAUAGGAAGCUAUCCUGACUUAACACGAAACUGCAUGUGUCCAAUGGGAUACAGCGGAUCUAGAUGUGAGAUUGUUCCAACAACACCUGCUCCAUCCACAGCAACCAUUGCUACUGAACCACCAACAGAGCCUGUCACAAUAUCAUUAGAACCAACAACAGAACAACAGACAACAAUUUCACCUGAUGGAGGUUUAACAGCUCUCCAGCUUCUUGGCAUUGGACUUGGAGUGGCGGCUUUUGUUCUUCUAGUGAUCCUAUUGUGUCUGUGCAUGUUGGUCAUACUCCGUCGCCGACAGGCUGAAGCCCGUCGUCGCGACUACUUCAGACCAGCAACAGACCGUGCGAAGAUCUUCUACAAUCCUCCGCUUGGGGCAACGCGUAUUUCCGAAUAUCGCAGGACCUACCAACCUGAGGAUUACCUGGGGAUUGACAACGAGUCUGUUAGUGAUAACAGCAGCUUCAUAGCUACUCUGGGCUACCGCAGUGAAGAGGAAAGCCGAAUGAGACAUCUUGCCAAUGUGAUCACACAAUCUCCGUAUCUUAAUGAGCGUAUGAGAGCCAGAAUAUCAAGCAUGGUUCCACAAGAAGCGCCAUCAUUACCAGAUACAGAGUUUAUUCGUCCUUAUGUUGCCACUGGUAGAGAAGCAGCUGAAGUUCACAGAAAUCCAGAUGGAGAGACCUACAGGCCAUCGUCAAUCACUUUGCCUGACAGACAAUCUUCAUUUACGAUACCUCGAGCUCAGUUCUACUGGGAUGACAACACCGAGAGCUACACAUAAAUGUGACUUAAGCCACCUCAACUUGAACUGUUAACCGGCAAUUUAACAACACAACCUCAUCUGAUUCAUCAUCUUAUUCAAGCAAGGUUUGAAGAAAAAAAUUCAGACAUAUAUUGUUUUUCCAUAUUCCUGUAAUUUCAAGUUGUAUGGUGGCUAACUAAUUGUGGAUACAGUACUUCUAUAUGCCAUUAAGUUAUAAAAGAGGACUAAUCAAGGAUAGAACCUUGACAUACAAGUCACUCCUUUAAACAUGGUAUAUGAAAGUAUUUCCCUACUGUUGAAAUAAAUGCAAUCGAUUUGCCACACUCCAACGAGGGUCUUGAUAGAGACUUCACUCUCCAACUAAUGAUAGGGGCAAUAGUCGGUGUCACCAAGUUGACUAUGUGGAUGGUCACCGUGGUGACACAUGAUUUAUUGUGAUUUUACAAAGACCAAUACCUAUCAAAUAACUGCCAACUAUGAAAAUAGUAGGAGUCUUUGAGAAGUAUUAGUUGAUUUAAAAUUGAAGUCUCAAACGUGAUGCUGAAAUGAGUUACUGACAAAUGAUAAAAAGAUCCUUAAGAUGUCAACUGUUAUAUUUUUUAACGAUGAAUGUAUUUUUGUACCUUUAAUAUGUUUUUUUUUAUUAUGAACUUAAAAGUUAAGGCUGAAAGUUUCUGUUAAAAUGCUGUCUAUUUUGAGUUGGAAAAAAAAAAAUUAGUUUGUGAGAGACGCGUUGUUGCUCUUAUCACAUUAAAAGUGAAAACAAGUAAAACUUCAAAUAAAAAUUAAAGUGGUAUAAAACACAGAAACUAAGUAUAAUUAAUUUAGAGUCCAUACUUGUAGUGUAUUUUAGGUGCUUAUUGUAAAAUAGGGAAAAACAACUCUAAAUAAUGAUCCUGUAAGUGUACGAGUUUCCCAUUAUGAUAAAUAAAGUUUAUUUGAAAUCCGUGUUUCCCUUUGUAAUUCAGAACCAGUGCCAUAAACUUCCAGUUAUUUAUAAACCUAUCUGAUCUAAGUGAUAUAUUAUUUCACUCCCAAAACAUUAAUGCAUUUUGUAAAUCCGCCUUUAUAUGUAGAAAUUGUAUGGAUAGAUGACCCCAAAUUAUCAGUAGAUCUCUGAAUUUUAGGAACAUUAACUGAAGAAAAGUGUUCAUUUAUAAAGACUGUUUGCAAGCAAGUUAAAUUUAAGUGGUGUCAUUGGCACGCUGAUCAAUGACCAUUUGCUAAAUAUACAUGUAAGACCAACUAUUUAAAUGUCUUGUACAAAUUGAGGUAACAGUACUAUCACACACUAUGUAUUUUGUUUACCCUGUUUCAUAUGUUGCAGUCUGUCCAAUAGUAAUUACUGCAAGAUGAAUGUAAUUUUAAAGGUAAAUGUAGAUACAAAUAUUUUCCUAUUGUUUUUGUAUUUUUUAUAUUAAAUUUUUCAAAAAAUAA